AUGCGUGAUAUUGCUAAUGAGGCCUUUUCAAAUCCGAAAUGUUUCUGGUCAUAUUAUUCCUUCAAAAACAAAUCGAAGCCUGUUCCUGAUAAGAUUAAGUACAAAGGAGUUUCAAUUAGUGAUGACCUUGAGCGUGCUGAAGCCUUUAAUGAUUACUUCAAGUCCAUUUACAAAGACCAUACUUGCUGCUCACCACCUGACCUAUGUCCUGUGAAUUCCAAUAUUAAUGAAUUGUUAGAACUCAUUCAAGUUACGCCCGAAGAUGUGUUCCCUCUUCUGUUUAAUUUGGAUGUCUCGAAAGCUACUGGACCGGAUAAAUUACCAGCUAUUAUCUUAAAAAUGUGUGCGGAAUCAUUAUCACCCUCUUUGUCUGUUUUCAUAAAUGCUUCCCUAAGAACAGGCCUCUGCCUUUCAGAAUGGAAGCAAGCGUAUAUUUCGCCCGUUCACAAGAAUUGUGCUCGAGACGAAGUGGAAAAUUUUAGACAGAUUUCCCUUUUACCCAUAGUCUCUAAAAUACAAGAAAAAUGUAUUGCCCUUAAACUUGUACCUCAUGUCUCUGAAAUCCUGCAUCCUGUACAGUAUGGUUUUCAACAGGGCUUGUCAUGUGCAAAUCAACUUGUUGAGAUCUUUCAUACCAUUGGUUUAAAUUUGGACAAGGGAUUAGAUAGUGAUAUCGUUUACCUUGACUUUACGAAAGCGCUCGAUUCAGUGUGCCACGCUCGACUUCUCUGGAAGUUACAACAUCUUGGAGUCAGUGGCCCCCUACUUUUAUGGUUCAAAAACUAUCUCACCAGGAGAAAACAACGUGUCGUCAUCAAUGGUACCCAAUCAUCGUGGAUAGAAGUUAAAUCUGGUGUUCCACAAGGAUCCAUACUGGGACCCGUUUUAUUUUUUAUCUACGUGUGA